AUGGAACAAUAUUGGUUCUCAUUUGCCUUUGUUAUGGGUGCGACCACCUUACUUGUCACCUUCUCGUUCUUAUUUCGCCCCAAAUCCCUCAAACAAAAGCUUGUUUCUGUUGCCGGUCAUCCUCUUUCUCGACCACCACCUCCAGGAUCACUUGGGUGGCCAUUCAUAGGAGAAACCUUGGACUACAUAAGUAAGCUUAGAAACGGAAACAUUAGAGAAUUUGUUGUGGAGAGGGUGAAGAAGUAUGGGUCAUCGAAUGUCUUCACCACGUCGGUAAUAGGGCAUCCCAUGACUAUCAUGUGUGGGGUUGAGGGUAACAAAUUACUUUUCUCUAACGAGAACAAGCUUGUGAAAAUCUGGUUCCCUUAUACGAUAGAAAAGAUCUUUGCAAAGUCUCAUGGAAAAUCCAUAGGAAGUGAUUUCGAUCAAGUGCGAAGAAUACUUCAGAAGUAUCUCAAACCAUCUACUCUUCAAAAGUAUGUAGGUACAAUCGAUAAUGUAAUGCAAUUAGAACUAAAGGGACAAUGGAAACCAAACAAGCCAGCUAUCGUACGUGAUCUUUCAGGAAGAUACACGCUUGGGGUGGCAUGCCGAUUAUUUUUGGGAUCAAAAGAUCCCAGCAUGAUCGAACAACUUGAAGAACCGGAGAAAGAUAUAGCCGCCGGAAUAAUUUCAAUUCCUAUAGAUUUUCCUGGAACAACAUUUAAUCGGGCAUUGAAAGCUGCGAAAAAACUAACCGCGCUACUCGUGGAGGUUAUUAGACAAAGGAAGGUCGAUCUUGCAACUGGUAGUGCAUGUACAACGCAGGACAUACUCUCUGAGAUAGUCAAUUUGAAUGACGAGAAUGGUGAGUUGUUAAAGGAAGUUGACAUUGCGACUCAUCUAAUAGGUCUUAUCCACGGAGGAUAUGAUCCUGUAAGGUGUGGACUAACAUUCAUCGUAAAGUACUUGGCCGAGUUUCCACAAGUUUAUGAUCAAGUUUUUAAAGAGCAAAUGGAAGUGAAAAAGUCCAAGAAAGAAAAUGAAACGUUGAACUGGGAAGACGUGAAGAAAAUGAAAUAUUCAUGGAAUGUUGUGCAAGAAGUAUUUAGGUUAACGCCGCCCGUUGUUGGGACGUUUAGAGAGGUCAUUAGAGACUUCACAUUUGGGGGAUACACAAUUCCUAAGGGAGAUAAAAUACAUUGGACUACCUAUUACACGCACAGGGAUUCAAAAUAUUUUCCUAAUCAUGAGAAAUUUGAUCCAUCGAGAUUUGAUGGAAAAGGGCCUCCGCCGUUUUCUUAUGUACCUUUCGGGGGAGGACCUCGUAUGUGCCCAGGUAGUGACUAUGUAAAGGUGGUAACAUUGGUUUUUAUGCAUAAUAUUGUUACGAGUGCGAUUGGGAUCCCAAUCGUGCUGUUUGCGCUCAUCCUUUACUGCAAAAUUCCAACCUAUAUGGCUCCUUUGAAGAUUAAGCAGUUUGUGCUUGAUCUUUCCUAUGACUGGCACACGCCCGUCCAGUGUUGUGACUCGGAAAAUAUUGUUGUUAUUGGUUUUGCUGUACAUAAUGGAUCAUUAGGGUCGUUGGUUGGUACCAAAGACCUAAUUGGACAUUCUAUUGGAAAAUUGGUCAUGAAAUCUUGUUUGACUGAAACUAAUGAUAAUCGGGUCACUAGUGCUGAAAGCUCAGUUCCUAUGUUGGAGAAAAAUUGUCAAAAGGGUCCUACGGUGUUGUAG